AUGGACAGCGAUAUUGGCGCCGCCGCUUUUGCAGCACUGACUUCCACCUCCAUCUACGAGACCGGAAUGACCUUCACCAAGAAGGAGCACAAAAAGCCCUACCCAACCAUCUUCCCUUCCCGCCCAGAGCUCUCCCAGGCAGGACGAACAGUCCUCAUCACUGGCGGCUCAGCUGGCAUCGGCUUCGCCAUCGCAAAGGGCUUCGCGCAGGCCCAUGCCAAGCGCAUCAUUAUUCUCGGCCGCCGCCGGAACCUCGUUGAUGAGGCAGUCUCGGAGCUCAAGAAGGAGUUUCCCCAGGUGCAGUUCGACGGAUACUCCAUCGACGUAGAUGACCUCGCAGACGUCGAGAAGCUCUGGAAGGGCUUCGAAGAGGACGGCACCGUCAUUGAUGUCCUUGUUCUCAAUGCCGCCAAGGUUUCGGAACAUGGGCCCAUCUUGUCUCUGGGGAGAGAUGAGGUCUGGAGCUCCUUCACUAUGAACGUCCGCUCACUCCUGGAUCUCUCUGAGAAGUUCUACAAGCAGAAGAAUGGCGAAGGUCGCCAGAAGUUCCUCGUCAACGUAUCUACGGAAGCUAGUCACAACUUUACCAAAUCGGGCCCUUGGCCUGCUUACAGCGCGAGCAAGAACGCAGGAACGAUGCUGAUCCAGAUGAUUGCCAAGGAUACCCCUCCCGAGAAGAUGCAGGUUCUCAACUUCCACCCGGGUGUGGUGCAUACCUCGGCUUUCAAGAACGCUGGGAUUCCCGAGGACAUCUAUCCGUUUGAUCAUGUUGACUUGGCUGGAAAUUUCGCCGUCUGGGCCGCAUCUGAGGAGGCGCGCUUCUUGCAUGGCCGCUUUGUCUGGGCCAAGUGGGAUAUUGAUGAGCUCAAGAGCGGCGUGAUUGGGGAGAAGAUCCAGAACAACGAUCACUACCUCAAGGUCGGCGUCGUUGGACUCCAGGAAUAA